UUUAUUUUUUAUUUUUAUCCUACGCUUGAAAUAUAACUAUAUAUCCUCUGCACUAUCCAUUUCCAACCAAUUCGAUUUUUCUGAUGUUAUUAGAACCAAUGGAAUUUAUAUAUGUAAUUUGUGCCUUCUGUGUUUGUAUUUUUUGUUCUUUUUAAUUGUUGUCAUUUAAUUGUGUAUUAGUUGCUGAUUAGAUUUAUACGAUUUUGAUUCUAGUUCAAUUGGUUUGUUGAUGUAGCUUAAAACCUUGUUUCUUUUUGCGUCUGUGUGGAUGAUAGAACUUCAGGGCUGAGAGGUUGUUGAGAAGAUGGUUGGGAACCCUGCACUCCAUGUUUCAUCAUUGCCAACUUAUUUUUUUUCAUCUCUGAUUAUCCUACCAAGAAAUCCUUCAAGUUCCAUCCCUCUUCCAAUUCGACGCCAGACACAAAUCAACAGGAUAAGAGUUACAUCUGCUGAUUCAGGUCAUGGCCAAAGGCCAUCAUCAUCUUCUUCAGAAGCAAAGAAACCACUUUCAGCUUUGUCAAACAUUCCGUGGGCCAUUUGGAGGCAAACAUUGCGGCCAUUAAGUGAUUUUGGGUUCAAUGGUAGGAGCAUCUGGGAAGGUGGGGUUGGACUGUUUCUAGUGUCUGGUACUGUCCUAUUUGUUCUUAGCUUGGCCUGGUUGAGGGGCUUCCAAAUCAGAUCCAAAUUCCGGAAGUACACAGUGGUGUUGGAGUUUGCUGAAGCUUGUGGCAUAAGCAAAGGAACGCCUGUGAGAAUCAGAGGGGCCACUGUUGGCAAUGUCAUUGGUGUGAAUCCUUCCUUGAAAAGUAUUGAAGCAGUUGUUGAGGUGGGUGAUGAUAAAACAGUUAUACCGCGAAAUUCAUUGAUCAAGGUUAACCAGUCAGGUCUUCUUAUGGAAACAAAAAUUGAAAUCACUCCUCGUGAGCCAAUUCCAACACCUUCUGUUGGCCCUCUUCACCAAGACUGUACUAAGGAAGGUCUUAUUGUGUGCGAUCGCGAAAAGAUCAAUGGUGACCAAGGAACAAGUUUGGAUACAUUGAUUGGAAUUUACAUCCGCCUUGGUCGUGACAUAGAGAAAAUUGGUAUCAUCAAUAGCUAUACAAUGGCUCAACGAGUAUUUUCCAUUAUUGAAGAAGCGAAACCACUUCUUACACAGAUCAAAGCCAUGGCUGAAGAUGUUCAACCUUUGCUGGCUGAAGUCCGUGAUUGUGGCGUGCUGAAGGAAGUUGAGAAUUUAACCCAAAACCUUAUCCAAGCUUCUGAUGAUUUGAGAAGGGUACAUUCAUCCGUCAUGACCCCUGAGAACACUGAACUGUUUCAGAAGUCCAUAAACACAAUUAGUUUUACCUUGAAGAACUUUGAGAAUAUUAGCAAGGAUAUUGUGGGUUUUACUGGGGACGAGACUACAAAAAGGAGUUUGAAAUUACUUUUACAGAAUCUCAGCAGGCAUUUGUGAAGUCCAAUAUAAAGAUAGGAAGUAGAAAAUGACAGGUAAUAGUAUUGUAAACAAUGUUUACAUCAGCUGCAAAGCAGUGCAGGUGUGUUAUUGACUGAUGGAAUUAAUUUCUUUGUGGAUGACCUUUUUUUCCUGAUAAAGUUAUCCACUCAUCUGUGUUGGAUGGACUGGUUUUUAAUGGUUGACACUCUAGGACCUCAGAGAGAAAAAAAGUUUCUGGUCAUAGGCUCAUAGCAUUCAAAGUGUAAUACUAUAGGAGGUUAUGAACGGAUUAUAUUUGUAGAGUUUUCUAUAGUUUUUGUUUGUUUUUCUUUCCCGCACUUUGGUUCUAAUAUAAACUGGCAAAUGGAAAUAACCAUUGUGAUUUCCAACACUAUAAUUUGUGUCCUCGUUUGUUACCUUAAAA